AUGAGAAAGAGGAUUGAGACUUGCAUCAAGGUAGACCACCAACGAUGGCAGCUAGAGAGAGACUUGUUGAAAAAAGUUAACAAGAUGAGGGAAGAACAAGAGCAAGAAAGACAAAGAGAAGUAGAUGAGCUUCUGAGCAAGAAAGAGGAAAAAAAGGAUCAUAUUGACGUACAGAGCAACCAAUGGAAGCUAGAGAUAGACGAGUUCACAGAACAGACAGAAAGAGAUGUGUCAGAAAGAUAUGAGAUAGACAGCAAAAUGGCUGAACUGAAGGUACUGAACACUGUGAACCUGGCCAAGUUAGAGAAGGUGAUUGUGGACUGUACAAGGAUGUUAGUUGAGAAUGAAAGGGAGAGAAAUGUGUUAAAGGAACAGAGAGAAAACUUAGUGGCAGACAAAGAAAAGAUUGAAAUCCAAAUGACAAACCUGAAGAUGCAGAACAUACUGAGGUUGGGCAAGAUAGGAAAGUUGACAGUUAAGAACACAAGACUGUUAGCUGAGAAUGAAAAGGCCAGAGAUGUGUUAGAGAAAGAGAAAGAACAUGCAGCAGCAGUCAGACAAACAUUGCUGCACAAGACAGCAGAGGAGGAAUUUGUGUACCUGGCCAAGGUGGAGACGGGGACAGUGGAGAUCAACAGACUGUCAGAUGAGAAUGAAAAGGUGGACAGGGUCAGAGAGAGGAACAGAUGGAAGUGUAUCAGAAAGGGUUUGGAGACAGCAUUGGCCAAAGCAGACCAGGACAAGAAUCAGACCCUAGAAGCCUGGAAGAAGGAAAGGGGGGCAUGGGCCAGGGUCACCGCUUGUCUGCAAAGUCUCUGGGAUCAACGAGGAGAAAGAUGGAUGAAGGAGAAGGAGGAGAUGAAAGAGAAGAGCACACAGGCAGCAGAGAAGUGGAUGACUGAGCUGAGAGAGAAGGAGAGACUGAUAGAGGCUCUGGAAAGAGAAAAGAUGAUGCUUCUGAGCCAGCAUGAAGAUGAGAAGAGGGGAUGGGAGAUGGAAAAGAGUGAAAUGGAAAAGGAGAGGUUGGUGCAGACAGGAGAGUGGGAUAGAAAGAACAGUGAAAUGGAGAAAAUGAAAAAGGAGAAAGACAGAUGGGUGAUAGAAAAGAAAGAUAUGUUGGAGAGGAUGAAGGAUGCACACAUUCAGCUGUAUCACAUGCAGACUGUCCUGAGGUUCAGAGAGCACGAGCAGACACAGAAGGAAACUAAGAAAGCCCAGGAAGCAAAGGAGAAGCAGGAGGAAAAGGAAAGGAAAGAAAGAGAGAUCCUGGAGAAAGAGAUGAUCAGAGCCCAAAAAGUAGAACAUAAGGACAAAGUGAGGGAGAGCAAGGAGAGGGUGAAAGCCCACCUGGAUGAGGUGUCAAGGCAAUAUGACCAAAGGAAACACAAGGAGAAGGAAAGAAAAAUGGUGUUGGAAAUGGCAUAUGGCAAAGAACAUUCAAAACAAAACUUCAAAAGUAAAUGGUUGACAUUCAUUUAA